GGAGAGGAUGAGGGAGAGAAGGAGAGAGAGAAAGAGGGAGAGAAAGAGGGAGAGAAUGAACGAGAGGAUGAAGGAGAGAAAGAGGGAGAGGAUGAAGGAGAGAAAGAGGGAGAGAAUGAAGGAGAGAAUGAUGGAGAGAAAGAGGGAGAGUCAAGCUGCCAGCAGCAGCAGAGAGCAGUGCAGCUCCCAGCCCUAUUCAGCAGCUGCACACUCGGAUGCCACAGGUCCAGAUGAAGCCAGCCAGAGUGUUCGUGAAGGGGAUCCACCAUCUUCAGAACCUGAACCAGAGUCACCAAGCAGUUCUUCUGGCCCGGUAGGACCUGAUGACAUUUCCCAGUGCAGAGUAGAGGGUUCUGUCCAGCCUUCAGAGAAUGAUUCUGCUCCCCUCUGACCUGAUGGUAUGCCUUUGUUUACUUUGUUUUUUCUUCAAAUAUCGUAUUAUCUUUUAUUUUGUCUAUAUACAGUAUAUAUAUUAUUCUUACCGGGGAAAAAAUGUACAUAAUAUGUAUAAAAAGAUAUUUCAUUAUUGUGAAAUUUUGUUUGUAACAUUUUAGAUAUUUUUAUUUACACUAGAACAAAUGGACAAACCAGCCUCUUCUUACUCGCUCAUCAAGAAGGCUGACAUUCCUACUUAUCGUGUACGAGCAUGGCGCUAUGUUUGUUCUGUUUUUAUAAAAAGUUGUUACGUGGUUUUGUUUAAUAAAAAAAAAACAACAUUCAGUAUUAAAUCAACAUGCUCAGAUUUGUACUCAAAUGUCUAUAUUUCCUACCUUUUUUUUUUUCUUUUAACCUGGCUGUGAAUAAAUGUAAAUAUUCAAAACCAUUUUAGUUUAUUACUGCUACUUUCAACAAGUGUGAUUAUUCUGCAUAUGCAUUAAUA